CCCUUUCAUCAUUAGGUAUCAGUCGGCGAACGGUGGCGGUUUGUUGGCCUUCAACAUUCCUGCUACAUGUGCUGAAGUUUAUUGAAUAUUUACUUCCGUAGAACAUCAACAAUAAUAAUAAUAUCGUCAAUAAAACAUCAGAAAUGCAGCGCCAGUUACCGUCACUAUUGAGUAUACAGCAUUACAUUCACUCUUUACAAAAUAUACAGUGGCACGCAAAUGUCCGUAGAAUUUCCAGGAGCAACAAGAACUUGGUAGAAUGGGGGCAGACUACACAGUUUCGUCAUAAUUUCAACAAUGUCUCAAAUCUGCGUUGUAAAGGUCGGCAAAGAUUUCAACAGACUCGCUGCGCUUCAAACCCUUUCGUUCCAGUUCACUGCAACCAUAUCAGACGAUCACCUAUUAAUGGCGGGUUACUUUGGAAUGUAGAUAUUUCGAGCCCUGUAUCUUACGUAAUGAAUGCACUUGGCUCCAAAACACCUCAUUCUAGAAGUUUGUAUUUUCAUGAAAGUAGACGUUUGUUCUCGUCGUCAUCGUCGUCGUCUGGAGAUGAUAGCAGUGAGAAUGCCCCUAAAGAAAAUAGUAACGUCGUCCCCGAAGGUGAUGAGGGCAGCUUUUCUAACUUGGGUCCUGGCGGAUUUGGCAUGGCCCUGACAACUCUUUCUGUACCUGAUGUCUUUCCUAAAGUGCCUAUAAUUCCUGUAUCACGAAAUCCGGUGUUCCCAAGAUUCGUGAAGAUGAUUGAGGUUACCAACAAAGACCUCAUGGAUGUACUCCGAAGGAAAGUUAAACUUAACUUACCAUAUGCUGGAAUAUUCUUGAAGAAAGAUGAUAGUAAUGAUUCUGAAGUAAUUUCCUCUAUGGAUGAUAUCUAUCCUAUUGGGUCAUUUGUUCAAAUCACAGAAAUGCAAGAUCUUGGUGACAAGUUAAGAAUGAUUGUUUUAGCUCAUCGUCGAAUCAAAAUUAACAACAUCAUCUUUGAAUCUGAAGAAGUAACAGACCAGACUUGUGAUGAUAAAAAACGUAAAUCACGGCGCCACAGACGAAAUCAAGAAAAUGGAAUAAAAGAUAAUGAAGAUAUUGAAGUGAUUGAAAAAACCUUGCAUUCAAACACAGGAAAAAUGUUGAUGGCUAAUGUAGAAAAUUUAGUGCACGAGGAAUUCAAACAAACAGAUGAGAUUAAGGCACUGACAUCAGAGGUUGUGAAGACUAUCCGGGAUAUCAUUGCAAUGAACCCACUAUACAGAGAGAAUUUAGCACAGAUUAUCCAAGCUGGACAGAGAAUUAUUGACAACCCUGUGUACAUAGCUGAUCUUGGUGCUGCUUUGACUGCUGGAGAACCAGAUGAACUACAACAGGUACUUCAAGAAAUAAAUAUACCACGUCGUUUGAUGCUGUCACUGUCAUUGUUAAAGAAAGAAUAUGAACUUAGCAAAUUGCAACAAAAAAUAAGCAGAGAGGUGGAGGAAAAAGUGAAAAAGCAACACCGAGAAUACAUGUUGAGAGAACAGCUGAAAAUAAUCAAGAAAGAACUUGGUCUUGAAAAAGAUGACAAAGAUGCAAUAAUUGAAAAAUUCCGUAAAAGAUUAAAGGAUCUUGUUGUUCCUAGUCAUGUUAUGGAUGUAAUAGAUGAAGAAUUUAGCAAACUGUCUUUUCUGGACAAUCAUUCCUCAGAAUUUAAUGUAACACGUAACUAUCUAGACUGGCUGACCAGUAUGCCUUGGGGAUGCAGCAGCAAAGAAAACUUUGACCUUAAGUAUGCGAGUGAAAUCCUGGAGAAAGAUCAUUAUGGUAUGGAUGAUGUAAAGAAUAGAAUUUUAGAAUUUACUGCCAUUAGUACACUUAAAAAGUCAACUCAAGGUAAAAUCCUUUGUUUCUAUGGGCCACCUGGUGUUGGUAAAACCAGCAUUGCAAAAUCAAUUGCCAAAGCAUUGAAUCGUGAGUAUUUCCGAUUUAGUGUUGGUGGAAUGUCAGAUGUUGCAGAAAUCAAAGGUCAUCGGCGAACAUAUAUAGGUGCAAUGCCUGGCAAAAUUAUUCAGUGCCUGAAAAAAACCAAAACAGAGAACCCAUUGGUUUUGAUAGAUGAGGUCGACAAAAUUGGUAAAGGAUUCCAAGGUGACCCAGCCUCUGCACUUCUUGAACUGUUGGAUCCAGAGCAGAAUGCCAAUUUUUUAGAUCAUUAUUUGGAUGUGACUGUAGAUUUGUCCAAAGUAAGUAAUGUUUUCAAGUUAUUUUUAGUUAUAGGUGGAUCCACCUUGUAUAUUGAAACCUGCUUGAAGAGGCCAUUGGUUACCAAAGAGAAAGAGCAAGGUUCUUUGGAGAUGACUGGUCAUCUGGGACAAGUGAUGAAAGAGAGUAUCACUUUGGCAUAUACCUUCUCAAAAUCAUUCAUGCUAGAGAAACAUCCAGAAGUACAUUAUUUACAAAAUGCUCAUCUUCAUCUCCAUGUACCUGAGGGAGCCACACCUAAAGAUGGACCAAGUGCAGGAUGUACCAUUGUAACUGCCUUGAUAUCACUUGCCCUCAACCGUCCUGUACGUCAAAAUGUUGCUAUGACUGGUGAAAUAUCUCUGAUGGGCAAUGUUUUACCUGUAGGGGGAAUCAAAGAGAAAACUAUAGCAGCCAAGCGGGUUGGAGUUGACUGCCUGGUAUUACCUGCCGAAAACAGAAAGGAUUAUUCAGAUCUGCCAGCAUUUAUUACUGAGGGUCUGGAAGUGCAUUUUGUUAAUCACUACCGAGAUGUAUAUCAUAUAGCGUUCCCCCAGUAAAACGUUGCCAUUCUCUAACUGACCAGUGGUGCUGUUCAUUAGCUGAACAUAUAUGUGCAUCAGUAUGUAUAUACAUGAGCACAUACACACACACACACACACACACACACACACACACUGCAUAUAUACAUAUAUAUAUGUGUGUGUGUGUGUGUAUCAGUGUAUAUAGAAAGAGAAAGAAAGAGCAGGCAUGAUGUGACACAACUAUUUAAAAAUGUGUAAUACUCUUAAGCAUUUGUCAUUUAGCUCCUAAGAUCAUUAGCACAAUAAUCCACUGUUGGUUGUGUAUCUAAUAGUCAGGUUGGAGGUAAGUGUCUGCUUCAAGAGGCCAACUUUGUUUUGCCUUCUUGCUUAACCCCCUCCUUCCAUGCUUUUUACCUACAACUAUAUGUAAAUAAAUAAAGAGAUAUUCAUUUUUAAA